AUGUCGCUGGACACGAGCGUGAAGGACCUGAAGCUGCUGACGGCGUGCUUCUGCAGCCUGUGCGGGCUGAAGGACUUUGAGCCCGCGUGCGCGGAGAAAAGCGUUUGCCUGUGCAUCAAAACCAAAGCCGAGUGCGAGCUGGUCCAGCCCACCACGUGCUGCAAGUCGCAAGAGGUCACCUGCUGCCUCGACUGCCGCAGCGCACUCCCACCAGACAAAGAGUGGCGUGCGGUGAUUUCUUCCGCAGACGAAGAACCCUCAAAUCCAAAACAACAACAACAACAACAACAACAACAACAACAACAACAAAAUGGCGCAAGUGUCCUGCUGUCGUCGGCAGAAGGGGCGGCUAAUGAAGGCGGCCUUGCUCUCCUUCUCCGCGGCCGUGGUCGUCGCGCCGUCGGCGAGAUGUGCAACACCGGAGGAGGAGGAGGAGGACAAGACUGUGCUCAGGAUGGGAGCGAGGUGUGCCAGAGCGGCUCGUGCGUGUGCGCCGCAGGGUAUGGCUACACGGGUGACGAUUGCGUUGAGUGUGGGUUUCAUUUCUACAAGUCCUCCGCCGGUAAUGAAGCGUGCAGCGAGACCAUUCGGUGCGACAAGGGCGAACGAUGGUUUCAAGCGUCAAGCAGCGAUCAGGCCACCUGCCCAGGCUGCCAAUUUGGCAAGUAUCAGGACAAGACUGGUCACCGCAACGAGGACUGCUACGACUACUCCACGUGCGAGGCUGGGAAGUACGUGACGCAGGAGCCCAACACGAAACAGGAUCGGGAGUGUGGGUUGUGCGAACCAGGCAAAUACACAGCCUUGACCAACCAGCCAAGCUGCAGAAACUGUCCCGGUGGCAAAUACCAGAACGAGGAAGGGCAAUCAGGUGCGUGCGUGCGUGCGUGUGUGUGUGUGUGUGUGUGUGUGUGUGUGUGUGUGUGUGUGUGUGUGUGUGUGUGUGUGUGUGUGUGUGUGUGUGUGUGUGGUGUGUCGUCGUCGUCGUUCCCUCCUGACAUUCGUGUGGUUCAUGUCCACAUCUUCUCAUUCCUCAACCCCCGCCCCAUCUUCUGGAUCGCUCCCCUCCCACCAGGCAAGUACCAAGACGAGACCGGCCACCAGGAAAAGUCGUGCAAAGGUUGCCCCACUGGGGAGUUCCAACCUGGCAGCGGCGCCUCAAGCUGCGAGGCCUGGAAGACCUGCGGACAGGGCGAGAAGUGGAUAUCUGGAUCGACUACAGAGGACGCAUCGUGCUUGCCAUGCGGAUCACAGGAGUACCAAUCCAAGACCUCCCACCAGGACACGUCGUGUGACGCCUGGACCACAUGCAGCAGCGGCUACUACGUGACCGCCGACCCCACCUCCUCAUCAGACAGGACUUGCGACAAGUGUGAUGCCGGCACAUUCAGCGACACCAUGAACGCAGACAACUGCAAGAGCUGUGGCGCUGGCAAAUACCAAGAUGCCUCUGGCCAAACAGACUGCAAGGACUGGACAAUGUGCAGCCAGGGCGAGAAGUGGACAACGGGAUCAUCCACAGAGGAUGCAACGUGCUCGCCGUGCAGUACACUUCACUACCAGUCCAAGACUUCGCACCAGGACACCUCGUGUACCUCGUGGUCCACGUGUGGCCCGGGAUAUGAGGUGACCACGGAACCGACAGCCAGCAACGACCGCUUGUGUGCAAUGUGCGAUUACGGGCACUACCAGGAUGGCACGAACCAGCAGGACUGCAAGCCGUGUGACCCUGGCCAGCACCAAGACGAGCGCGGACAAACAGAGUGCAAGGCGUGUGGUGCAGGCAAAUACCAGGGCAGCUCUGGCGAGAAAGACUGCAUCACAUACAGCACGUGUGAUGCAGGAACCAAGUUCGUCACUGGAACCACGAUGGAGGACCGCACGUGUGAACUAUGCGAAGCAGGCAAGUUCCGUGCCGAUACCGGCCACAGGCUCACGGAAUGCGAGGCGUGUGCUGACGACACGUUUCAAUCGGACGAAGGACAAAGCAGCUGCAUGGUGUGCAAUGAGUGCGAUCCUGGAUAUAUCAAUGACCAGGAUUGCACACCAACAAGCGACCGCACAUGCAAAGACAUUGCAAAGCCCAUCAUCGUGCUGCGGCGACCAGACAACAAGGAGGAAAUUCAAGACACAUAUGUGGUCGAGGCCACGUUUGCCUUUGAUCCCCCGAUCUUCACGGCGACAGACACGGCGGCUGGCACCGUGACGAAGACGCCACCACCCAACAUCGACGAUAUUGACACGAGCACUGUGGGGUCUGACCAGAUGCUGACGUACACGGCGACGGAUGCGAACAUGAACACGGCAACACGUGACAUCACCGUGGAAGUCGUGGACACGACAGGGCCCGCCAUCACAUUUGACCCUGCAGUGCUGCAGCUGGAGGCCGGGGAGGAGGUGAUGCGCAGCAAUUUCACGGCCGGCGUUUCCAUCGUGGACCGCGUGGACGGACCACUGGGCAUCGACCUGCUGGAAUACGAUGCCAGCGACGUGAACGUGAACACGCUGGGCAUGUACGAGGUGGUGUACACGUUGUCUGCACCCGACUCGAACAACAACGAGGCGCCGCCCACCACACGCACAGCAGCCGUCGUCGACACCCUUCCCCCAGUCAUCACCAUUGGUUUUGGCGACCGCAACGUGUCGGAACACAACGUGGUUAUCCACGAGGCGGCAACAGAGUUUAUCUUCCCGAGCCAGUCUGCAUUUGAUACAUUCGACACCGCUGUCAACGGCGGCGAUGUGCGACGCAAUGAAGAGCCGACCUUCCACUCGGUUGUGGACGAUGGCACGCAGUUCACGUUCACGUACACGGCGACGGAUGCAUCGGGCAACACGGCGACGGUGGUGUAUGUGAUUGAGGUGCGGGACACGAUUGCGCCAACCAUCACCAUCAAUGGCGAGCACAACAUCACGCACAAGGCCGGGACGGAAUAUGUCGAUGCAGGAGCAACAGCAACGGACCUGCUGGAGGAUGCGAUUGGGCGCGGGGUGGAGGUGGUGGUUACCAAUAACGUGGAUACAACGCCAGCCUCAGCAGCUGAAGCGGUGUUCACGGUGGAGUACGACGCGUGCGACAAGGCCGGCAACUGUGCCAAGGCAACGCGCUACGUGACCGUCUCAGAUCCCAACGCACCCAAUAUCGAGCUCAUUGGCGAUUCGCCACUUGUGGUGGAGGCCGGCAGCAACUUCAGCAACAUUGACCCUGGCACCAGCGUGAGCAGCCCCGUGUUCAACUCUGCCAACCUGACCGUCUUUGUUGACGAUGGUGGUUACAUGAGCACCCCAGCAGUGACGCCUGCGACCUUUACUGUGACAUACACGGUGACCGACCCGGUACACAGACACAAGAGUGUUGAGCGCACAGUGAUUGUCAUUGACACGACACCGCCAGACCUGCGCGUCAAUGGUGGUUUAGACGUGACGGUUGGCGACGGCGUGACGUGGGUUGAGCCGGGCGUUGCACGUGCAUAUGAUAACAUCGAUGGUGAUGUGCGAUCGCGUGUGGUGGCGACGACGCGGCUUGAGGAGGCCGGCGUUGUUGUUCCCACCGUGUGCGCGUAUUCGUCUGCGCGCGAGUUUGUGCCGCCGCUGUCGCCGCGCGUGUGGUCUUCACCUCAAAUGGACGCGGUGGAGUCGAGAGCGCCGAGCGGCACCGUGUACCACAUCAACUACACGGUGGCGGACGCAGCGAGCAACGUGGCGUUUGUGGAGCGCGUGGUGCGGGUUGCAGACCCCUCGUCGCCUCUCCUCCGCGUCAAUGGUCGUGGUGUCAUGACGCUGGAGUUUGGUGACGAUCGAGGCUCAUUUGCCGAUCCUGGAGCAACAGCUCUCGACGCCCACGACGGCGACCUGAGCGGGGACGUGUGCGUUGGCGUGAGCAUUGUGACGCGCGACGCGAGCGGCGUUGUUGCGCCAGGCGACGUUGGCGGUAUUGGCGAAGCUGCCAUCAACUACGUCCUCUCGCUUGCUCGCAACGCAUCCACAACACCAGCACCACCUCCCGCCACUUUCACCGCUUCCACAACUCCGAUGACCGCAGACACAAGCAACAACAGCAGCAGCAGCAGCAGCACAGCGACAACGACUACUGCAGCUGGGACGACAGCUGUGGACAUGUUUGGGCUGGACGCUGCUGUGGCGUCGGCGGAGGUGGGCACGGUGUAUGUGCUGCAGUACAGCGUGCACGACCGGGCGGGCAACGCCGCUGUUGGUGUGCAGCGGGCGGUGGUGGUGGUGGACACGACGCCGCCCGAGGUGACGCUGUAUGGCGCGGAGGAGGUGCACGUGCUGUAUGCGACACGAUAUGUGGAGGCCGGGUACAGCGCACAGGAUGUGCACGACGGCAACGUGACGUCGCAGGUGGUGGUGAGUGGGGCCGAUGCGAUUGACGUGCACGUGGCGGGGACGUACGAGGUUGAGUACGCGGUGACGGAUGCGAACGGCAACACAGGUGUCGCGGUGCGCACGGUGGUGGUUGAUGCCUUGACCCGACCCGAUGGUGUGAAUACAGUGGUGAGGCUGGUGCUUGCAGGCACGGCGGAGUCCAUCUUUGGCGGCGAGGUGCAGCAGCUGGAGAGCGACCUGGAGGAGGCGCUGAAUGUCGAAUUUGUGGUGGUGUUGAGCGUGGAGGAUGAUGAGGUGGUGACCUUGGACGAUGGCAGCAUGGCGUCGACGACGGUGGUGCAGUUUGGAGUGCGAGACCCGCACUCCCUUGAAUGGGCAGAUGUGUCUGCGUUGGUCAUGAGCCUGAUGCAGAACAGCGCUGCGGGGUUUCGCGUGUUGGAGGCGCAUGUUAUCCAGGUGGCAUCUGCUGCCACCACCACAACCACGUCCCCGGCCUCGUCCUCAUCAUCUUCUGUCUCCGUCCCCGUCAUUGCGCUCGCUCUCUUUUGCUGCGUCCUCCUGGUGGCGCUGUUAGUUGCACUGGUGAUGCUACGGCGAGAACGUGGUGGCAAGGCACGACUCGCCGCUGCUGACUCCUCGUUCACGACGCUCAAUCCAACCUUUUCAACGUCACCUGCACAUGACCCCUCUUCGUAUGAGGUUCCUGUUCCUCGUCACGCCAGCAGCACCAGCAGCAGCCCCAGGAGCAGCUCCAACAAUCCAGAAGCGGAGAGCGGCACCCAGCAACCAAAGGCCAUGCAUGUGUGGGCACAUGAUGUGUACGACAUGGAAGCAGGUGAACGAACCCAUCCGCCAGAACGCAGGAGCACUGACGUCAGCGCGUUGCCGCCAAAGCCGCCUCGUGUGAGCCGCCGUGGCAUCAGCAGUACUGGUGUUGUUGUCUCGCCACGGAGAGCUCUGCGAGCACAUCCGCCGCCGCCUUCGCCAGCGGCUUCCACUUCCUCUUCGAGCCGCGCCCCAAUCUAUGAAACUGUCGAACGCGUUGGAGGCGCAAGCGAAGCUGGCGCUGACGAUGACACGUCCCACACCCCAGCUCUGCUUCCCCGCCCGCUCGUGUCCUUGUUGUCAGUUCCAGGUGUCAAACGUCACCCAAAGCACACGUGGCCACAGCCUCACCACUCCAACCCCCGGCUCCCGCAAGAAACAUCCAACCAAGCAAUGAUGGCUAACCCGCCUCAACGUCGGGCCUUUGUGACUGGCGCUGCCGGUUUCAUUGGCAUGCAUCUUUGUGAUGCACUGGAGGCCGCAGGGUGGACUGUGGUUGGCGCAGACAUCCAUCGCAAUCCCCGCCGUCCCGAUAUCCACCAAGUUGACCUUCGUCAGGCCGAGUGGUGCGUGCAGCUUGCCAAGGGAUGCGACGUCAUCUUUCACCUCGCCGCUGACAUGGGUGGAAUGGGGUUCAUUGGCAACGAAGUCAACAACGCCGCCAUCGUCAAGUCCAACCUGGGACUGACGCUGGCCGUGGCUGAGGCCGCCCAGGCCUCGGGCGCCAUCGUCGUGUACACGUCAUCCGCGUGCGUGUAUCCGGAAGACCUGCAGAAGGAGGCCGAGUGCGCCCCUCUCCACGAGAACGACGCCGGCAUCCCGCCCCCAGAUGCGUACGGGUGGGAAAAGCUUGCUGGCGAGCGCGUGCUCAAGCACGCCCUGCCUCCAAACCGCUUGCGCAUCGCGCGCCUGCACAACGUCUUCGGGCCCCACUGCACGUGGUUUGGUGGCCGCGAAAAGGCCCCGGCCGCUCUCCUGCGCAAGGCGCUCGCCCUCACGUUCUCACCGUCCGCCACCAGCGGCGCCGGUGACAAGGAAUCGACUUCGCGCUCCGUGGAGGUGUGGGGCGACGGAAAGCAGACUCGCACCUUCCUCUACGUGGACGACUGCGUACGCGCCCUCAUGGCACUGGCCACCAUGACCCCGCCCAGCAGCACUCUGGACGCUGCUCCCCGCACCACUGCUGGUACUACCACGACUACGACCACGGCUGCAACUACGACUUUGACUGCAACUGCGCCUGCGCCUGAUUCUGCAACUGCAACUGAAGAUGACUAUUCUGGAAGUGGCCACGGCGGCGAACGCGGUAGCGCGGCACAGCCAACCGUUGUCAACGUUGGUUCCGACCACAUCAUCUCCAUCAACGACUUUGCCGCCCUCGCCGUGUCCGUCGCACACGCCACUGCCGCAGAAGACGCCGAUGGCCGUGGCAGCGAUGGCAGCGAUGUUGUCAUUGAGCAUGCGGAAGGUCCACAGGGCGUGAGCGGCCGCAACUGCGACGCCUCGCGUGCGCUGCGACUGCUGAAUUGGGAGCCGCAAGUGACGCUCGAAGAAGGCAUGCGGCGCACCGCCAAGUGGAUGCGCCAGGAGAUGAAGGCGGUGCUCGCCUCAAUCGCAUCCACCACCCAUUGUGGUGACGCCGACGACGUCCGUGACGGUGCCACUGCCAAAGCUGGUUCUAAUGAACCUGCUGCUGAUGAACCUGCUGAUGCUGCUGCUGUUGCUGAUGCUGAUGUUGCUGAUGCUGAUGUUGCUGCUGCGGCAGAGCGCGCUGCGUUGCUCGCGGCCUGGCGAAGCAGCCAGCUGUCCAUCACGACGGAGGCUGCGACCGUCACCACUCCGACAGUGGGUGAAGACGCUGUUCACAGGGUGGCGGAGGAACGGACGUCGUUUGGCUUGCUGCUGCCCGUGACAUCCCGCGGGUAUGACGAGAACAAGCCCGAGGUGUUCUGGGACCGUGUGCUGGGCACGCUGAGCCAGCUAGGCACCAGCGUGCGCGGCGACCCGCUGUGGCCCACCAUGCGCAUCGUCCUUGGCCUGGACGACGACGACGCCUUGCUUGGCGAGCACUGCCCUGGGCGUGAACGCCUGGUGUCAUACCUGCAGCAGAACGUGUGCUGGCGCGGGGGUGCCGGCAGCGCGGCGUCAGUGACCGUGCUGUCGCUGUCACGUUACAAGCGUGGCGCCAUAUGCCAGUACUGGGACGCCCUGGCCCGGCGCGCCCGCGAGCUUGGCUGCACGCACUACAUCCUGCUCGGCGACGACGUGGAUGUGAAGUCGCCCGGGUGGAUGACGGCGAUUGCCAACGCCUUCAGCGACAUUGCGCAGCGCACGGGCCUGCCGCUUGGCUUUGGCUGUGUGGCCUUCACGGACGCUAACUUCCCCGGUUUCCCCACCUUCCCCGUCGUGUCGCACGUGCACCUGUCCAUCUUGGGUGGCCGCCUCGUGCCCAAGUCCGGCCACUUUGUCAACCAGGACGCGGACCCGUUCCUGUUCCAGCUGUACCGGCGCUGGGGCGCGUCGACCAUGCUGUCUCAGGCACGCCUCGUCAACACCAUUGGCGGUGAGCGGCCUGGCCGCUACGACAAGCAGCACACGCGCUGGACGGGGCCUGUGCUCACACAGACUGUGCGAGACAUCGAGGUGUGGCUUCAGCAGCAAGGCCCGCGCACCGCCGCCGCUGCCAAGCGCGCGCGCAAGCUGGUCAUCGACAUUGUUGUGCCGACGUAUCGCUGUAACCUGGAGCAGCUCCGCCCCAUCCUGCAUUUGGAGGCGCCGCCAGACGUCAGCCUCGGGUACAUUGUGGUGGUUGAUCGCUCGCGCGACGACCCAGACGCGGCUGCGUGCCUGCAGGCACUCGAGAACAAGUUUGAGUACGACUGGCGCUACCGCAUCCGCUGCCAGGAGGGCAACACGGGCGCCCCUGAAGCGCGCAACCGCGGCGUGUUUGAGUCUGCUGCAGAGUUCCUGCUGUUCCUCGACGACGACGUGGUGCCGUCACGUGACAUUGUUGCUGCCUAUGCUGCCGCGGUGCGCCGGAACCCGAACGGCAACGGGUUUGCGGGGCCAACCUUCUUUCCGCCCAUGAACACGGCGCGUACCCUCGGUGCGAGGCUGGCUGGUGUCACCCACUUCUGGGACCGUGCUGCAAAGGAGGAUGUGAUGCCCUGGGCUGUGACGGCCAACGUGCUGCUUCGACGCACGGAAGACCUCGUCUUUGACACCCGCUUCCCACGGACUGGCGGCGGCGAGGACAUCGACGUGUGCUUGAAGGUGGCCGAUGGACGCCUCAUUUCCGUGCCGGACGCCACCGCCGUCCAUCCUUGGUGGAACAACGGAGCACCUCAUCUCUCUCGCUUCUGGGGCUGGGCCAAAGGCGAUGGGGCCCUGGUGCACAUGUUCCCACAGCACACGUACCUCAACCUGCCCAACGCAAGCGAGGCCAUCGUGCUGCUGCUCUUCUUUGCGUGCUGUGCGCACGUGGCGAGCGCCAUCUUCAACGCCGUUCCCAGUUUCGGCAACACCGCCCACGAUGACAGCAGCGGCAUUGACGUCUUACGUGACAGCGCGCAGUGGCUUGCUUCCAGCAUGUUCACGCUGCACCACGUGCUUGCGGUGCUGAUCUCCAUCUUCGCUGGUGAGCUGCUCGCUGAGGGCCUUACGCACCUACUCAUCGAACCAGACGAGUACAAGCAGGAGGGCACCAGCUUCCUGGGCCGGGUGGCUGCGGUGCCGCAUGCACUGUGCGUGCGCUUUGCGUCGGAGGCUGGCCGUGUGUACGGUCAUUUCCUCUAUGGGCGCUUCAACGCCGUCUGCCUUCGCUUUGACUGGUUUAUUGGGCUUCUUCCAACGCUCAUGGCACACGAGCGCAAGGUUGCCUUCUUCCGCGCCACGUGCUGGUGCGCUGUCGCUUUCAUCAUUCUGCACCUCCUUCCAUGA